AUGCGAAUGUUCCCUGAUGUACACUCGCGCCGCGGUAAUAACAACGAUGACAUGCAGAGCUCAUCCCCAGAAAUUAACAGUCACGUGGGGCCUAUCCGUAGAGCGUCCAGUGUAGAGGAUGCUAUGACAGGCCAAUGGCGCCAGUUCAAGCAGAAACUGGGGCUAGUGGAACGGGUCACCGAAGACGAGGCGGACAGGG